CGUGUGUCGCAAACAACUUCCUGGUUCCGUUUCGAUUUUCCUUCCCGGUCCCGGUUUCGCCUCAUCGUCACUGCUGUUUUUCUGACAUUUACAGAAUUCUAGUUCGUCACUUUAGGUAUCAUUCUACCAAGUAAUAGCAUGUGUCGUUAGCGGGGUAUCGUCGACUCUGUUGCUAGGCCCGAGGGGGACGCGAAUCGCCAACAUGGCCGAGGCUGAUUCAAUGGCGGACUAUUUACCCACGAAAUACCGCGAAGUACCGCUAAGCGCGCUUCGAUUUUCUGCUCGGAACAAGAUGUCGCAGUACCUGAAUCUGACGGGCCGUCUCCCAAACGAGAAUUCGAGUCUCACACCAGACUACAACGGGUUGGCAGAACUCGUGGGGUUUGAUUAUCUCCAGCAACAGAACUUCGCCUUAGACGGAAACCCCACCAUAAAACUUCUGAAUGAGUGGACGCAGACGCCCAACCUCAGCCCGACCGUGGGGAAACUGGUGGAUCAUUUGGUCUGCCUGGGACGAGAUGACGUACUCACUGACUGUAAACACAUCAUACUUCGAGAUAUUGAACACCACCUGAAGGCUCGAGAAAAUCAACAAACUUAUGGAAGUCCGCCCAUUCAGGAUGAUACAGUGACUGGAAGUGACAUCACGGACCAUGGUGUUGACGAAUUCCGGUUUAUUACGGUUGCAGAUGUUAAUAGGGGUACUCCACAGAUGUACGACGCAUUCGUGUCUGUGUGCAGUGAGACGUCAAAUGAUUACUCGUUUGUCACGGACAUAUUGAUCCCAGCACUAGAAGGACCGGAACAUAAUCUCCGACUUUGUGUUCCGUGGAGGGACGACUUACCAGGGACAUCCAAAUAUGCCACAGAUGCACACUUAAUUAACAUAAGGUGCAAAAGAGUGAUUCUUAUUUUGUCUCCAGAAUUUCUUGCAAGCCCAAUCUGCGACUUCCAACUCAAAUUUGCCCACAGUCUCUCACCAGGUGCCCGGAGCAAGAAGGUGAUUCCGCUGUGCAUUGAAGCGUGCUCAGUGCCCACACUGCUGAACCAGGUGUCGAUGUGUAACUACAAGGAGGAGCGAGUAACCCCCUGGUUCUGGAGCCGCCUUGCGGCGGUACUCAAAGCUCCCAUUAACAACAGCAUCACAACGACUGACGUCAGUUUGUCGGACAUCAAGCUGAACAUUGCUCCACCCAGCUGUAGUGUUGACUACAACACCAGCAGCAGCAGCAGCAGCAGAACCAUCAGCACCACCACUACAACCACCUCUAGCAGCGACAGGGGCAGUGCUAUACUCAGCCGUGCAUCUGCCACGGCCCGUAGAGCCGCACACAACACCGUCACAGCCCGUAGCACGGUCCACAACACCGCUUGCUUGGAGUCUCGCUGUGGAGAAGAAAACAGCGAGGAAAGUAUCAUGAUUGAUUUGCCCAAGUGACAGACUUACAAUGACAUGUGAUUUCAUAAAAAAUUUUUUUUAAAGAUGUCACCGGUGAUUUUAUACAAAAAAAAUGUUUUAAAGGUGUCACUGGUGAUUUCAUACAAAAAAAUGUUUUAAAGGUGUCACCGGUGAUUUCAUAAAAAUU